CUAGUGGCCCACGUCUUGCGUCAAAUCAGACCGAACGAAGUAAAUUUCUCCAGGCUAGCGGCGCUGCGCUCCAUUUUUUGUGUGUGGAAAGAAACAUUUUUGUAUAUAGAUGCAUUGUGUUACGUCUGAAAUCAUUACAUGUCCUUAUUGUAAAGGAAACUAAUAUACCGCUAGCAUCGGAUCGAAAUCUGCGCUUUGUUUGAGUUGUUUUGCAUUAUAGCUAGCAAGCUAGCUAACAUUACUCUAGGAAAUUCUUGCUAGCUAGCAAGCGAGAGAUUAGCUAGCGCUGCUAGUUGCUAACUAGCUAAUCAAUUAGCCAACAGCUAGGCUAGCUGACAAGUGCAAUCCACAUACGUAAACAAACAAACGACUAUAGCUACCGUAUGUUAUUUAUAUUUAUUCAACGUCAUACAUUUCGUGCUAAAUUACCUAGCGUGUUGGCUAAAUAACAAGUAGGACAUUUGUACCGUGAGAUCUACAUUGUUUCUCGUCGUUACUUUGCUAGCCCGUUAGCUUCGUCCGAGACGAGAAAGAGAGGGACAUUCCAGCAGCAACGUCGGAACGGAAAACAAUACCAAUCCCGAUUCACUCUCACCCAUUACACGGUGGAAAAACAUCAAGUCGGGUUGGGAAGAUGCAGGUGCAGAUACUCAGGAGAGAGCCUCUGCCUCCUGUCUGAGACACCACCAGCUCAAUUGGACAUACACAGUUCUCAUCCAAACUGCACUGAACCCUGUCCUAGUUGUCUCUGCACCACCCCUCACCAGGAGCCUCUGCUGCAGCUGAACCAUGUGAGGGCCCCCCCGCUUCGCUGUGAGGGGAUCCUAGGACUGUUCCUGUACCGCCGCCACUGAGCGGAGCCAGACUGAAACAGUUUGUGAUACUGCAGUCCUCCCCAUACCCACCGGCCCCACCCACACAUUCCCGUCCCUGUUCCCAAGGGAACACGCCAUGAUGUUCCGAGACCAGGUGGGCAUCCUGACUGACUGGUUCAAGGGCUGGAAUGAGUGCGAGCAGACGGUGGCACUGUUGUCCCUGCUCAAGAGGGUGUCCCGCACCCAGGCCCGCUUCCUGCAUAUCUGCCUGGAGCACUGGCUGGCAGACUGCACUGAGAUCCACAUCCUGGAGGCCGAGGCCAACAACGCAGCCAUUGUUAGCCAAUGGCACCAAGAGCCCAAAGAGAAGGCAGUGUCCCUGCUGCUAUCCCACCUGCCCCUGCUCCAGCCCCGCAACAGCGAGGCCAAGUGUGAAUACAUGAAGCUGCUGCAGAAGGUGCUGAGCCACACCAUCGAAAGCAGCCUGUUUGUGGAGGAGAGCCGACAGCUGCUAUCCUACGCCCUCAUCCACCCCGCCACCACCCUCGAUGACCGGACCUCUCUGGCCAUGUGGCUCAACCACCUGGAGGAGCACCUCUCCAGUGGCUACGCGCCCGCCUCCAGGCCACCCUCCGCCCCCUACCACCCUCGCCAGGGCUCAGAUGAGUGGCCCAGCUCCGCUGAGGCCAUGGAUCCUGGCCAUGCCUGGCACGAGAAGCCCCCCUCCUCCAGCACCUCCCCAGCAGGACAGAACGGACACAUGUCGUUCCCUGGCGGGAUGCCUUCUCCCAUCAACAGCAACAGCGCAGGCCUGGGGGGGCAGAUGCAGCCCAGCCCUCUGAAGAGGUCGAUGUCGCUGAUCCCCUCCAGCCCCCAGGCGUGUGGGUCGGAGUGGCUGAGCCAGGACGACCUGGGGGGGCGCCAGGCCUACUUACCCACGGACCACGCGCCCCUGUCCCCCCAGAGCAGCGUGGCCUCGUCAGGCAGCGAGCAGACGGAGGACCAGGGCUCUGCACGCAACACCUUCCAGGAGGACGGCAGUGGCAUGAAAGAUGUUCCCACGUGGCUGAAGAGUCUCCGUCUUCACAAAUACGCAGCACUUUUCUCUCAGAUGACGUAUGAGGAGAUGAUGAUUCUUACAGAGCACCACCUGGAGUCACAGAAUGUGACCAAGGGAGCGCGUCACAAGAUCGCCUUGAGCAUCCAGAAACUGCGAGAGCGGCAGAGUGUCCUCAAGUCUUUAGAGAAGGACAUCUUGGAAGGUGGAAACCUGCGUAACGCCCUCCAGGAGCUGCAGCAGAUCAUCAUCACGCCCAUCAAAUCCUGCUGCCCUGCCGGCGCCGCGCACAGGGACCUCAGCGAGCCCGGCGACUCCGCCCCCGAGCACUCCAAGCCUGGGGAGGACAAGGAGCUCUCCUCGGAGGCCUUCCAGCCCCACAACCCCCCUGCCUGUGACGGGGAGUCCUCCACCGCACCCAUAUCAGACGGCGACAUUGCUGGCCAGUUUACGCGCGUCAUGGGUAAAGUGUGCACUCAGCUGCUGGUGUCGCGGCCGGAUGAGGAGAACAUCAGCUGUUACCUGCAGCUCAUCGAGAAGUGUCUGACACACGAGGCGUUCACAGAGACCCAGAGGAAGAGGCUGGUCUCGUGGAAGCAGCAGGUUCUUAAGCUGCUCCGCUUGUUUCCCCGGAAGGCCAUGCAGACCAUGCUGGACAUGCCUGUCUACCGACAGAAAGGCUGGGCGUAUGGGUCCAACUCCCUCCCCACAGCAGGCUCUGUGAGUGGGGCUCUGGGGCGCCGGGGACAGAGGCAGUUUACCAUGCCGCCACGCGGGCUCCCGACCAGAGGCAUGGGGCUCUUGAGUCCAGGUGGCAUCGGGGGGGCCUCCCCCCGCCAUACCCUCACCAGCCCUGCUCUGGGGGGCCAAGGCAGACAGAACCUGUGGUUCGCCAACCCCGGGGGCAGCAACAGCAUGCCAAGCCAGAGUCGCAGCUCCGUGCAGCGGACCCACUCGCUCCCUGUCCACACCUCCCCUCAAACCAUGCUCCUGUUCCAGCAGCAAGAAUUUCAAGGUCCAGGGUCCGACCUGGAGAUCAACCCCACGCUGGAGUCACUGUGCCUCAGUAUGACAGAGCAUGCCUUAGGGGAUGGAAUGGACCGAACAUCAACAAUAUGAAAACAAGUCAAGAAACAAGUGUUGGAAAAAAAAAGUUUAAACAAAGUCGCCGGUUCACUCCAACAGAAGUCUGUUCAGCUCCUUGUAGCCCAGCACAAAGUAUAUGCUUCAGAAAACAACAAAGCGAAAUGGUCACUACAAAAACGACAACGACAAAACUAACUGUGUAUAUGUUCUCUGAUAUUUUUCUACUUUAUUAUACUUAACUAAGUUUAUUAUAAAUGGAAUACAGAUUACUAUUAUAUUACAGGAGAGAUGAGAGGUUAGUUGUACAAAACUGCUCAGUGUCUUCUGCAGGACUGUGACAUUAAGAUGAGCAGGGUUCUGAGAGGAAUAUGGAGGAUUGGUGCUGUCUUAAGGGGCGUCUACCCCCAAGUUUCUCCCCUCUUCCUCCCAGUAGCUAGAAAAUACAAAGGGUAACGACACUGCCUUGGAGCAAGGCUGCUGUCCAGGAACAUUGAGAGCCAAGCUUCACACCCCAUAUACUGUAUCCAGACAGUCUCCUGACCUGGAGCAAGGCACUUCUGCACGCUGCCCCCUAUUUGUGGGCACUGCGCAUUCACACACACACAAACAAACACACACACAUACAUAUGGUCAGCCUGUAGCCAGGCCCUGCGUGUCAUGUACAUGUACACUAUUUAGCAAGGAAGGCCCUGACACAUUGACAGACUUAAUAUCCUGGUUCAUCCCACUCCUGCAGCAGAGUGGAUAAACUCUUCAUAUGGGUAAAAAAAACGACUGUGUCCCACCCUAUCGUAACAAGGCCAAAGAGAAGGGGUCUGUGCGAAUUCUGAUGCCAGAGUCAUAUAUGUAAAGGUAAAUGCGGUAUUUGUUAAAACAAUGUCAGUUUUGAAGAAGGAAAAUAUGCCAGCCGCAACCAGUCUGCAUUGAAAUUUUGUGCUGUACUACACAAAUGAUGAUGAAUCUCAUUUGCAAGCUAAGCGCUGAGCAAUCCUUACAGGGUUGCAGCAGGGCUGGGGAGGUUUGUACUGUGGGAGCUGAAGUUAAAUUGCAUUUGUGAAAAAAGAAAAAAAUUGAGGAAAGGGCAGGUGUUGUGUCUGUUUUCAAGUACUUAUUUUUCAGGGAGCGUUGCUCUUUACCUCACUGUUAACGCUGGGUAAGAAACCUUAAUGAAAUCCCUUUCUACCCUGAGGCACUGUUAUGAUUGGCUCUGGAAAAUGCAAAUGAGGCUCAAGUCUUGUUCAGAAUGAACCAGUACCCACCUCUCUUCCCAACGGCCAGUGUGGAGAUUUGAUGAAUCAUAUAUUUUUACUUUUACUUUUUUUGGAAGGCGCUUGGAUAUCCUUCAGCCCCAACAUUAUCAUGUGGUAUCAGUGUUGAAUCCAAGAUUGUGUGCCAGCCUCUGUGUUUGAAUGUGGCAGGGGAGAGGUGCAUGUGCGUAUAUGGUCUUAUCUCAUGGAUCGUCUGUGUCUUAAGGCAGGGAUCUCCAUAUUCAUUUUUAUUUCCACAGAGCCAUGACUGUUCUACUUGUUUAGUAAACAUGGUUAUUUACCAACGUCUUUUCCACUCUUAUUCUUUAUACGCUCCCCUGAUAAACAACUUCUGCUUUUUUCUUAUUCUUGAAAUGCAUGUUUUUCCCCCACAAGAUUUGAGUUCUGAUAUUGCUUAUAAGAGGACAGAAUUGAGUGCUCGUGAUGGUGCUCGAUGUCAUCAAAUGGAGAAGGCAAAAGUGAUGUGACUGAUGUUCAAUGUUGAUGCCUCCCAAUGAGCACUGUUUACUUCUGGCGUGGGCAUGCCCUUGUGUAAUGUGAUGUCUGAAAAUCAGAUUACUCAUUUGAAUAUUUCAUCUCUUUAUAUGUGUAAUGCAUAAAGUACUUGGCUGGCUGGGUAGAGAUUGACUGAUGCCUGCUACCACGAGUCUUAUCUACGUUGCGAUCAUGACUCCGCAUAUAAGUCAGACGGACACCCAUGUGGGGCACGUGCCGUCUGCCUUCCUGGAGUUGUGGAGUAACGAGAAGAUUGAUCUUGCUUGGCCUUGUGGUUUCAACUGUCAGAUGCCAGUUGCUGAUAAAGCGAGGCGUUUAGCCUGAGAGGCACAGCCCCUGCUUCUUCUGUCUCUGCUUGGGUACUGAGCUGAGUAGUUUUCUAGUCACAGUUAUCCUCAGAGCUGGCUCUAGGACAUGUCUGACUUGAUGACUACAUCAGAUUUCUUGUCCACAAAGAGAGAUGAGUAUAUUUGGGGGGAAAACAUCUACAUAUUUCAGAUAUAGUUAGUCAAUUUUCUCUUAUCUAAGCUAUUGUGUGAAAUUGGUUGGGCCAACACUGUACAGUACGUACAUGUUACAUGGCUCAGAGUCUAAUUUGAUUGGUCUAUGUACCAUAGUAUAGCGUACCUGAAAUGAUUAUACAGGUUGGAGGCUACCAAUGUGUAGGACAGGGUUCUUUAAGCCUGCAAAAUAGACUCUGGGAGCUUCAUAUUCUAUUGAAGAGUGGUGGGCAAUGACAUUUCCAGUCUGAGCUGUGAUAUAUGUGAUUAUGAGUAUAACUCAACACUAACAACAGGCCAAGGAAUAUGUUUACCGUAUGUUUACAUUCCAGUGAUGUGUGAAUUGGGUUUGAAAAUACACUUCACAAGUUUGGGUUAAUAUUUUCUUGCCAAGCAGAGUUAUGAGGUACAUAGCUUGUGUGUCAUUCAGUACAUAUUAAGACUCUUUGUCCUGGACCUUCAGAUGGUGUUCAUGUUCCUGCCUGGCAUAGUCAAUAAGCAGUCAGUUGUAUACUUUGUUGCAUCUCUGUCUUGUAAAAUUUAUAUUUAAUACUAAUUCCCCACCCCCAAAACGUUUUUCUAAUGUUUUAUGAAUGAACAUUUUGCAUCCCAUGCUUAGAAACUACUUUUUUACUGUCACACAUUUUAUGUUUGAAUGAUCUGAACUGCAGCUUUGCUCAGAUAGACAGUCCAAAUAAAGAGUAUUUUUUUUUUUUGCUA